UUAUAAUAACUUCCCCAUUAACACUAAUACAAUUAGGACUUCCCUAAUAAACAGCAUCAAAAGGCAAACUGCAUCAUCAUAAUCUUCACAGUCUGUGGUGCAAUAGACAGAAAGCAUUUGCAAUAUUUUCUAGAGAUGUCUGAGAGCACUUCUGUGUAUGUGAACUACCCUGAGCAGGGAGGACAGCGCAUACAGACCGUGGCGGAAUGUGUGGCUGCUUCUCGAAUCACUAACACACAGAGGAUACGACAAACACCAAGAAGAGGACUCAAUGCUGAACAGGGGACGAUUAACAGCCUGACAACUUUUGCGCUCCUGAUUGUCACCAUAGUACUGAGUGUCAAAUUCAACAACCUGAAAUCAGAAAACAAGCAGCUACAGACCAGCCUCAAGAACGUGACUAGAGCAAGAGACCAGUUACAGACCAGUUACAACAACCUGACUAGAGAGAGAGACCAGUUACAGACCAGUUACAGCAACCUGACUAGAGAGAGAGACCAGUUACAGACCAGUUACAGGAACCUGACUAGAGAGAGAGACCAGUUACAGAAGAAGUUAGCAGAAACAGAUGCACAAGCCAAACUUGGAUGGAGAUACUUCAACUCUAGUUUUUACUACCUCUCUACUUCGAUGAAGACCUGGAAUGAGAGCAGUCAGGACUGCAUAAACAGAGGAGCAAACCUGGUGAUCAUAAACAGCAGAGAGGAAGAGGAGUUCAUCUCUUUACAGCUUGGCAGCAGUCGGGCUUGGACUGGUCUGAAUGACAGAGAGAAUGAAGGGGUGUGGAAAUGGGUGGACGGUACACCACUGACCACUGCGUUCUGGGCUGUGGGGGAGCCGAAUAAUUUUUUAGAUGAGGAUUGUGCUGAGAUCUUGGGUGGUCUAGAAAAGAAAGGCUGGAAUGAUUCACCAUGUUCUACUAAAUACUACUGGAUCUGUGAGAAAAGUGUGUUUUAGUAGUAAGAGUAAUUGAGUCUAUUAAAAUGGUGCUCACAGACUUAUGGAGCUACAUUUACUUAGCAUCCUGUACCACUCUCUAAUUUGCUAACCUGCGUAAGUAUAUAUUGUUCAUUAAAUACAAUUCGCAGUAGUCUCUUAUCAGGCGACACCUUUCCCUCUUGACUCAAACGGAGACCACUGCUUAUUAUGGAACUGUUUUUAUAAUCAGACAGACAGACAGACAGACAAAUAAUUAAAUAAUGAUGUGUGCUGUCAGUAUGUUCAUGAACAUUAAUAAGAACAAUUUCACAUGUUCCACUGUGUGUGAAAAAGAACUGAGUGUGUUGUAUAUUGCAGUGACAUUUUCAUAGUAGAAAGCUUCAUCCACUUCACACAAAGCUUUAAGUUAAUUCAUGACUUUAUCUGUUGACAGUUCCAUCUUCAAGACUUCUGUGGCGUCUUUAUUAAUUUUAGAUUGACCUUCUACAGAUAUUUGAGCGUACUGACUUCUUAAAACAUAAUUGUUUUUAUGUGAUAUGUUGCGUUUACAUAACGUUCUGCAUACUGAGGUAUGUAUUCUUUUUUUGUACUACCUUCUCACUAUCUAUUGUGUAACUUCAGCACAUGACCUAAAACAUUAUAUAAGUAAAUGAGUUAUGUUAUGUUAUAUUAUAUGUAGGGAUGCACAAUAUUUAUUGGACAGAUAAAUUAUCGGCCGAUAUGGGCAAAAAUGACGUCAUUUUUAUUGCUCCGAUAAAUAAAUUAACUCCGAUAACUAGAUCCGAUAAAGAAUGCUUGCUGGUAAAUCAAUCAAUAAAUCUGAUUUAUCUGAGAUUCAUCCGCUUUCCGAGUGCAGGUGACUGCAGCUUUAAACUGCAGUGACUCGUCGAGAUCUGUGAACAUGUCUUCGCCGGCCUGGAAGUUUUUCUCUGUGGCAGCGGAGGACAAUGCCAUUGCUAUUUGCAACACAUGUUAAGCAAAGAUUCCGAGAGGAGGUAAAAAGGUGUCAAGUUUUAACACAACAAAUCUUACUGUAUAUCUCACUUGAAGGUUCGUCAUUGCGGCGAAGCUGUAUUAAAAGAAUAUGAAGCAGCCACGGCAGAAGCAGCUACUAGCGCUUAUCCCUCCUAUUUAUUUUAUGUUAAACUAUAUAAUUUAAGAGAAAUCUCAACUAUGCCUUGUGCUCUUUUGUUGAGGAUGCACUUUAUUUUUGUAGAGGAUGCACUUUUGUUUUUCAUUUUUUCCCGAGGUUGACAAAUGCAUGUUAUUUAUGAUAUAUUUGAAAAACAUGUGACUUUAGGUCUAUAUACCUUCCUCAUCCUCAUGCACUAAAAAGGUUUAACAGAUGCAAUUCUUUGUUAUGCGUGAAAUACUUAAAUAAAUACAUUUGUUUUUAAUGAGUUGUUAAUUGCAGAUAAACCAUAGUUCUCUCAUAGUUCUGUUAAACCCUGUCUGUUCUUAUUGUAGUGCACACAAAAAAUAAAAAUAUCUGACGAGUCAGGACUGAUGUUUGAUUACAGUUAGGCCAGAGCUACUAAAAUACUAAAAUAAAAGUUUCAUCAGUGCAUCUUAGAUUUUCUAUUCUCCUGGGUGCACAAACUGCAGAUUAUAUGAAAAUCCUAAUAUAAAAAUAUGCACUUGUUUAACUUGGUUAUCGGUAUCUGUAUCGGAAUCGGCCAUGAGAAGGACUUAAUUAUCGCUUAUCGGUAUCGGUUUAAAUUUUUCAUAUCGUGCAUCCCUAAUUAUAUGUAAUAUGAUGCCUCCAUUUACUUAAUGAACUGAAUUAGCGGUUAAGGUGACACAGGCUGACUCUAUAUCCACAAAUAUAGUUAUGAAAAUUCUAUUGAUUUCUCUCACACACAUUUUAAUAUAUGUAAUCUCUUCAUUUUUAAUUCAUGCUGACAUCCACUUCACCCCAGCAGUUUCUAUAAAAGAAAUGUUCCUGUUUUGUUUGUGGUCUGAUUUAUUUCCUCAUCUUAUUCAUCACUGUGUAGUUUCCUCUCUGCUCAGAAAUGAUUGCAUAUUUGAGCCCAUUGUUUUCAUCUUUGGUUUCAGU